GAAGGAGUGCUACUCGGCUGGUGAUUAGGCCCACUACUCUGACAAGGGGUUGGGGUUUACUAGUACCCCCGGGACAGCAGCAUGCAGACAGGGGACAUCCUCGGAGAGAUGGAGGAGGAGGAAGUGGACGGGGAGUGGUAUCAGAGUGAUCUUCAGCUGGCUGCAGAACUAGGGAAGGCUCUCUUGGAAAGAAAUCGAGAACUGGAGACACACAUCUUACAGAUUCAACAAACCAGCCAGGAUCAACUUCUUGAAAAUGAGUACCUGAACAAACAAUUGGAGACCCUAAGGGAAAACAGUGAUGCACGCAUGCGUGUUUAUGAAGAAUUAGAUAAGAAUGCUCAGGAACUGGAGAAACAGAAUCAGCGACUGAUUAUUGACUCCAGAGCAGACAAACAAAGAAUAGAAAAGUUGAUGGAUACAGUUGAAACAAUGGAAAACAAAUGUGAUGAAUUACAGAAGAAGAUAGAUGAUCUAAAAACUGAAAGAAAACGAGAGCAUAAGCAACAAAAACAGGAGUCUCGCCGAGCAAUUAGUUUGGCAAACUUGCGGGAAAAUACAGACUACAUAAAAAACCUGUACAAUGGUGAAAUUCAUUGGACCUACACAGAUCAGUUUAAAAAUCUGCCUCUUAAUCCAUAUGAAGUGGAAAUAAAAGGCUUGCAGGAGACAAUCAAACAACUGAAGGCUCAGCAACUCAUUGAGCGAAGGAAACGGGAAGAUUUGGAGACAGAAGUCAAAUUACUAUGGGAAGAAAAUGAAUCUCUGGAAAACAGAGUGAAAGAUAUGGAUAAGAAAGUGAAAGUAAGUGAGGGGCUUGAGGAGGAGUUACAGAAGGUGAAGUUAAAUGCUGGAAAAGUUUGUCAGCUUUGUGGUAAAUCUUUAGAGAAAGAGGUACAUAAGUCAGCUUUGGAGGCUGAAGUAGAACAUGAUGAACCAGAGGUUAGGAAUACUGGGAAACUCAUGAGGCUAGGAGGAGGUGGAAGUGUGUACGGAAGUACGGAGUCUGUCAGUAAGAUUGCGCCCGACUCACAGCCUAUCUCACCAGAAGAAGCAGACUCUCACAGUGUGUCCAUUCUAAACGAACUGGAAAAUCAGUACCAGAAUUUGUUUGAGAAAUAUGAAGAUUUACUUCAGGGUAGAAAACGAUCAAGUUUUCACGAGUUUGAGGGUAAUGAAGAGACCUUUGAUGAAGCACUUCAUCGUCACCUGGCGGUUUCCCACAAGGAGGUUCAGACAUUGUUAAAGCUACAGAAACAGACAUGUGACACAGGAACUGGAGGGGCUGCAUGUGCUGAUGAACUGGGAAGUCCUCCAGAAUACAAAUCUUUGUUCCGUGAUAUUUUUGCUACUUUGAAAAAAUCUCGAAUUGAGGAAGGUGGUGAACAGAUGACAUCAUCUCAUUCUACUCCAGCCACAAGUCCUGUCAGUUAAAUUGGUAGCCAAGUCGCAGGAGACAUACCAUUCAUAAAGUACAAAGUCAUAGACAAAAUGCCAAUAAGUUGAAAGUCUUAGAAAACUUAUCAACAAAGCUUAGAUAAUCUGCCAAUGAGUUACAUCAAUUGUAAGGUGUUAUUGUGACACUUGACCAAUACAUUUGGAGCAGUGAUUGCUAUGGUCAAUAAUUUCAAGAACAAGCCCUUUUAGUUUUCUUAUAAAUAAAGACUUGUCGUAAUGGCCAAUAAUUAUUCAAAACAGGUGAGCCAGAACAGUUGUGUAUUAGUGUAUCAUCCUGUAAAAGUUUCCUUGUUCUACCAGUAAAGUUUUCCUUGUUCUACCUGCAGGUUUCCUUGCUGUACUUGUAAAGAUUUCUAUGUUCUACCUGCAGGUUUCCUUGCUGUACUUGUAAAGAUUUCUAUGUUCUACCUGCAGGUUUCCCUGCUGUACCUGUAAAGAUUUCCUUGUUCUACCUGUAGGUUUCCUUGCUGUACCUGUAAAGAUUUCCAUGCUCUACCUGUAAAGAUUUCCAUGCUCUACCUGUAAAGAUUUCCUUGUUCUACCUGCAGGUUUCCUUGCUGUACCUGUAAAGUUUUCCUCGUUCUACCUGCAGGUUUCCUUGCUGUACCUGUAAAGAUUUCCUUGUUCUACCUGCAGGUUUCCUUGCUGUACCUGUAAAGAUUUCCUUGCUCUACCUAUAAAGAUUUCCUUGUUCUACCUGCAGGUUUCCUUGCUGUACCCAUAAAGAUUUCCUUGCUCUACCUAUAAAGAUUUCCUUGUUCUACCUGCAGGUUUCCUUGCUGUACCUGUAAAGAUUUCCUUGUUCUACCUGCAGGUUUCCUUGCUGUACCUGUAAAGAUUUCCUUGCUCUACCUAUAAAGAUUUCCUUGUUCUACCUGCAGGUUUCCUUGCUGUACCUGUAAAGAUUUCUAUGUUCUACCUGCAGGUUUCCUUGCUGUACCUGUAAAGAUUUCCUUGUUC